AAUAUCGCCAUCAUCCGGAGAAUGGCUUUGUAUUGGCUUCUACCACUGAAGCUAAAGGGCAUGCUGGCAGUAGCGAGUUCCAUAACAAGGAAGCGUCCGUCUGGGAGCAGGCUGAGGGCAUAAAGGGUCAGACGGGUGCCUGGAGAGCAGCAACGGCAUCAUCAGAAAAUGAUUUUGUAGCACCGACACCAGAUUGA